AUGUUGUCUUUCAAUUCAAGAGCUCGACAAGAUAGGGAGGUAAAUCCAUUGCUUCAGACACACUCUGCCCCACUUUCCAAUCCAAAAUCUAGCAAUCGCCUUAACCGAUGGAGUAUGCUGACAGUCGUCGCGACGCUACUUUUCACUGCUGCCGUCUUCGGUGUCUUUCAGUCUCGCGUGACAACUCUCCGAAGCGCGACGACAAUUGCUGCUGACGUCAAGUUUGACUUAUUUCAACCCAUUUUCAACGCUGAAGCUCCACCACAAAGCCUUUUUAAUCACACGGACGAACAAAAGAACCUGCUACCACCUAGAUUUUUAGCUCCAGGUAUUGAAGGCUCACGUCCAAUUCCAACGAAUGACUGGUGGGGCAACAUGAUUGGCGCCACCACUGGCAACGAAGAGAUUGUACAGCCCGUGUGGACUAACCCAUACAGCGUGACACCUUCUCCAUUCAAGGAACCUUUCGGUCUGACACUCAACUACCCGUACACAACCCGUUUGUUCGGAGGUGGUCUAACGGGUAAUGGCGACGCUGAGAUGUACUAUCUUCAUGGUCAAAUCCCAGAGUUCACUUUCUCCGCUAUGGAAUUUUCCAGCUCCACCCGUCCGACGUUAGAAGUCUUUGACUGGGACGACCUCACCGUACACCUUCGAUUUGUUUCCAGUCAGGAUUCGUCUAAAAAAGUAGAGUCAACACUCGCAAGUGGUAUGGCGUUUGUUACUGCUCGCUACGCUGGACUUACUCCACGCUUCCAGACGUUCCAUAAUAUAUCAACCAUCAACGGCCUGGACGCUACUGAGACGGCCAGUCGUCCCUUGAUAAACAACCGCUUUGUGCUCACGUUCGACAACAAAGCUACGUGGAAUCUUUAUUUUUCCGAUCAAGUGACACUGCACUUCGAUGGCCACUCUUCACUUGAAAUGAAAAUGCCAUUUACUGGUAUUGCUCGCGUCGCAUUGAUCCCAGAUGCAUCAGCUGAAGAGCAACGCGUGUUUGAUCUAACGGCCAAUUGCGUUUUGGAUGGGGGUCGCGUUGAAGCUUAUAACGACGCAGCUUACGCAUAUCAAUGGAAGACCAGCGGGGACUGUUCAAAUGGAAUGCUGCAUUAUGCACAGGUGCACCAUGUUGACACAAUGGAUCGGCGCUUUGCCACUGAAGCUCAAGGUGUGGCUGCACAUUCCACAACGCGUGGAUUGAUGCAGGGAAUCGUUACUAAAACAUCACCUGCAGAGUGGCGUAUGGUGGAUCCAGUAGACUUUCCAGUCGACUUUUACCCUUCCCAAAAACCUAAAGCGAGCAUUGUCGAGUCAUUUGAAAUCAAGGAGAACUUGAUCGCCGAUAUUGACUCUGAGUGGACCAUUGCUUUGGGUCAAAGCUAUUACUUUAACGGAAAAGCUGCACAGAAGUACGCAUCGCUGUGCUUGAUGGCUGGAGAUCCGUCCAUCGUUGGUGAAGAUGACACCAAAUUGCUUUCUCACUGCAUCAAAAAGCUGGAAGGUUUGGUGGCUCCGUUUCUCACGAAUGCAUGGACUAACGCUCUCAACUACGAUACAAUCUAUCGUGGCAUUGUGAGCUCCCAAGGCUUUACUCUUCACGAUCCGAACGUUGAUUUUGGUAACACAAUGUACAAUGACCACCAUUAUCAUUAUGGUUACUGGGUUGUCACAGCUGCCAUCAUUAAUAAAUUAGACCCAACGUGGUCGGGCAUUCCAGCGCUAAAUCGGAUGGCUGGUUUUCUUGUUCGUGAUGUUGCGAAUCCAUCCGAUGUAGAUCCAAAUUUUCCCAAAUUCCGAAGCUUCGACUGGUUCCGUGGACACUCGUACUCACACGGCAUCACGGCACUUGGCGAUGGAAAAGAUGAGGAGAGCACAUCAGAAGAUAUUAACUUCUACUAUGGCAUGACGUUGCUGGGGAAAGUCACAAAAGAUGUUCGUCUUGAAACCGUAGGCAAACUCAUGGUCAAGCUUAACGCUCGUGCUAUCCAAACGUACUUUUUGAUUGAAGACGGCAACCGUGCUCACCCGGACCAUUACCGCGACAAUCGAGUUAUGGGCAUCCUUUUUGACAAUAAGGUCAACUAUGCGACUUGGUUCAGUGGUGAAAAGUAUGCCAUUCACGGCAUUCAAAUGCUCCCAGCUACAGCCGUCACAGAGUAUGUACGAACGUAUGAUUUUGUUGAGCAGGAAUGGAAUGAGAUUUUGUCACGUGAAUCCAUCGUUCAAAAUGACGAAUUAACCAAUCCAUGGCUCUCACUUCUCUACAUGAACUAUGCCACCGUCAACAAGGACUUUGCGCUUCAAAAAUUGCGCACAGUCAAGAUGGAUGAUGGGCUCUCCCGCUCGUGGGCAAUGUACAUUGCAGCUACUCGGCCGUAA